AUGAAUCUAGGAGCCAAUAUAGAUCAGGAUUGGACCUCCUCCGAGGUAGAGGAAGCAAGGUCGAUCAUCACUGGCGGAUAUCAUGAAGAGAACAAGAAGCUCAACAUCAUCAGUGAGCUUCAAGAAAAGUUCCCUUCAAAGCCCAUGCAUCAGGUAAGAGACUUGUACGUUGAUAUCUUCGUGGAGAUGAGUAUGACGCAGUGUCAAGAAAAGGAGUACGGUGGUGCCGAUAGAAUGCAUGGUGUCAUCUGCACCAUUGAUGGGCAUGUGAAUAAGAACUAUGGGGUACUGGAGGAGGAGGUCUCCAUGGACGACAAGGAGUUUUCGCAUGGUUUCCCAUUGAAACAUGCGGGAGUCGUGGAGACUAUGAAGGAGGUGCCGGUGCCGAAGGAGAACAAGGGAGAGGUGUUGGAGAACAAGAUGUCCAUCCAUCAGCCAGUUGAGCAUUGUACCAAAAGGUUUUGGACCACGGAGGAACACAGAAUAUAUGGAUAG